CUGAUAACAUUCCGCGUCGGCAAAGAAACACCGACUGCGUUCGCGACGCACGCUGACAAUUCGUCUCAAACGAGCUGCAAGUAGCCGCAUUUCGGUCGAACACGACGUUCGGCCCUCGCAGCACGGCGCUUGCACCUCGGCGAAAACCUAUUCCCGAGAACUGGAGCGCCUUCACUGAAACAGUGUUCCUCCAUCCUACGUGUCGGCUUGCCAAAGUAGAGGUAGUAGUUUCGAGCGCUCGGUUAAUUGGCGUCGGCGAUUCACGUAAAUCGUCCACAUUUUCGCCCUGAAAGAUGGCCUACAGGGGACCCAGAUCGGACUUUGGGGGACAGCAGGGGGGUCAGCAGCAGUGGAGGGGUGGUGGCAGACCCCAGCCCGGUGGUGGUGGUGGCAUGGGGCGCCCCAUGAUGGGAGGGAACAACUACGGCGACGGCCGCAACGGCGGCAGCAGCUUCGUCAACAACAGUCUCAAGGGCAAGCAGCCUGGCGGAAACCUGCGCAAGCCAGACUGGGAGAGAAUCCAGCUUCAGCCCUUCCAGAAGAACUUCUACCAGGAGCACCCCAACACUGCCAACCGCUCUGAGGACGAGAUUGAACAGCACCGGCGGCAAUACGAGAUGACUUUGAGGGGCCGUGACCCUCCACGACCCAUCCUGACCUUCCAAGAGGGUUGCUUCCCAGACUACUGCAUGCGGAUGAUCGAGGCCCAGAACUACAAGAACCCGACGGCCAUCCAGUCCCAGGGGUGGCCCAUUGCGCUGAGCGGCCGUGACAUGGUCGGCAUUGCACAGACAGGCUCAGGAAAGACCCUGGCCUACAUCUUGCCAGCAAUAGUUCACAUCACUCACCAGCCCUACCUUCAGCGGGGAGACGGACCAGUGGUUCUAGUCUUGGCACCAACACGUGAGCUGGCCCAACAGAUCCAGCAGGUGGCGUCAGACUUCGGCAAGGCGUCCCGGAUCCGCAAUACGUGCGUCUUUGGCGGGGCCCCCAAGGGCGCGCAGCUGCGGGACUUGGAGCGUGGUGUCGAGAUCUGCAUUGCCACACCGGGCCGCCUGAUCGACUUCCUGGAGGCGGGCAAGGUGAACCUUCGUCGCUGCACUUACCUGGUGCUGGAUGAAGCCGACCGUAUGCUGGACAUGGGAUUUGAGCCGCAGAUCCGUAAAAUUGUGGAGCAGAUCCGUCCGGACUGCCAGACGCUAAUGUGGAGUGCCACUUGGCCCAAGGAGGUUCGCUCCCUGGCCGAGGACUUCCUCAAGGACUACAUCCAAGUGAACAUUGGGGCACUGCAGCUCUGCGCCAAUCACCGCAUCGUGCAAAUCGUCGACGUCUGCCAAGAGUCCGAUAAGGAAAACAAAUUGUUGGAACUGCACAAGGAAAUCAUCAGUGAACAAGACAACAAGACUCUGAUCUUCGCCGAAACCAAGAAAAAAGUUGACGAGCUGACACGCAGGAUGAGGAGAAGCGGGUUACCAUCUAUAUGCAUUCAUGGGGACAAGUCUCAGUCGGAACGGGAUUGGGUGCUCAACGAGUUUCGUUCGGGCCGCUCUCCGAUCUUGGUAGCUACCGAUGUGGCGGCCCGCGGACUUGACGUGGACGACAUCCGGUUCGUCAUCAACUACGACUACCCGCACUGCUCGGAGGACUACAUCCACCGCAUCGGCCGGACAGCACGCUCCAACAAGACGGGCACGGCGUACACUUUCUUCACGCCCAACAACAUGAAGCAGGCCAAGGAGCUGAUCGCCGUGCUCAAGGAGGCCAACCAGGCGGUCAACCCCAAGCUGUACGAGAUGGCCAACCUGGCCCGGAACGGUGCCUUCAGCGGCGGCCGCAACAUCCGCCGCUUCCGAGCACCAGGACAGCCACUGGCGAGCCUCCAGAAUGACAACAAUGACAAUAAGCAGCGCAACGGUGGUGGCUACGGAAACAACCGUGGCUACGGCGGAGGCAUCGGUGGGUCCGCCCAGGUGCGCAGUGGGCCAGGAGGUGGCGGCGGAUAUCGAGGGGCUGGACAGCAGAAUGGGUUUGGCGGAGGAAGGCCCAUGCAGAACGGCUUCAACAACCGACCACAGAUGCAAAACGGCGGUCAGCCUGCCUACCAGCGCAGCGGCCCGAACGGCUACAACAACCAGCCGAAACCAAUGUCCGCCGGCCUGGCAGGCAGCGCUGGCAACCAGACUUCCGGACUAGCCGCCAGCAGCUACAAGCCGGCCCAGCAGCCGCAGCAGCAGCAACCGCAACAGCAACCGCAGCAGCAGCAGCAGCAACAGCAGCAGCAACCCCAGGCGCCCCAGCCGCGCCCGUCGCCUCCCAACGGCGCCGCCAUGAUGCACCACCCAACUCAGUACGGAGCGGCCGCUGGAUUCCGAGCCCAGGGCAUGGGUCCGCAUCACGGCAUGGCUCCACAGCACUGCUACAUGCCUCCCCAGCAUCACCAGCAGGGUUCCGUGUACGCCGGCGGCUACGGACAGUACGCACAGAACGCGGCGUACGUCCCGCCCAGCCUGUACUACCAGGUUCCGGCUUAAUGCUGGCCCCCCACACUAGGUUCUCGCUCGCGGGGGAAGAAAACAAGGGCGUUUUGCUCUCUCUAGAUUUUUCUUUUUCUUUUUUGUUCUAUACCUGCUUUUUUUGUCUUGGUGACUAAAUGCCGACCUGUGCUUUUUUUUUCUUUCCGCAAUGUUCUUCCCUUGGAUGUUCCCACUGUUCUCCUUCCUAUAUCUCAAAGUGGUUGCAGCAAUGAUGUUUGGCCAUGUUCUGAGCAGAAGUGCAGUGCUGGCGGAACUUUUUUUUUUUUUUUUUCGGAUUCUAACAGACCAGUCAAUGACGGCCAGGUUUAACGCUGGCUCUCCAAUCUGGCACUGCAUGUCUCGUCACAGCCGAAAUAAUUUUAAUUGCUCUGAUGCUAUGAGCGACAUGGACCGGUGCAGUUUUUUGGCUCUGCAAGCACGCCUUGCUGGAACCAACGCAUUCUGAUGGUUUGAAGCCCUGACUCGAGACUGGUACGUCGACAUCAGUGUUACAAGCUGUGAUGCAUCACCGGUGACUCAUUUCGAUGGUCUGGUGGUGUGACUGACAGACUCUUGCAUCAACAUUGACCCUGCGAACCGUGACGUUCCAUGCUUUGUCACAGCUUAAAUGUGCUGUGACGGUUUAAUGCCGUGACCAACACAGUUGUAAAUCAGCAUUGGCUCCGCAAGCCACGACGUGACGUUGCAGGCCUUGUCGCAGCAAACAUGUUUUCAUGGCCAAGUGGCGCAACCAGUGUGCAACUUUUUUUUUUUUUCAUUACAUGCCGUGUGUUGAUGUUUGGAAUCUCUAGAAACGUGUGGCUGUCUGUGAUUUGUCAGAAAAAGGGGCGAACGCAACUGCGGUGCAGGGUAGAUUCACAUCAUCCUCGAUGAUCGUGACACGAAGCUAGUGCUUAAGGCAAAGUGAAUGAGAAAUUAUGGGCCCAAUGUUCGCGUUCGGAUGUACCUUUGUGCUGGUUUUCGUGUGCGCGGUCGCCAGGUUUUUUUUGUCCCUCCCUGCUAGCAGCAGCGCAUUUUGUUUCCAUGUUUUUACCUCCUUUGAAGUUAUUUGCAUGUUGUUUCCCGGCAGUCAGACGAGAGAAAUUUUAGAAGUAUGUUCAUAAAAGUCCUGAAUUCCGAAUUCUUCUAAGCAAUCACUCGGGACCUGGCACGCAAGAGGAAUCUAUGGGACAGAUUUGCAGCCGAUGUUACAGUGCGUAUAAAUGGAUGUCACUGUAGCUUUUGCAUUUGCUGCGAAUUGAACAGCGUUUUUACUUCGCUGACAAACUAGACAUCUUGUUCCACAGGGUGCAAGCAGAGAUUGUGAGGAAAGCAAAAAAGAAAAGUUUUGUCCGUAAUCUUUAGCACUGCAUUUCUUUCUCGUGGAUGUUUGGCAUCCACCUGGCUGCUCCUCUUGGCGGCGCGUUUUUUCUGGUCAUCGUCGUCAUCAUUGCCACCUUCUGCCGAGGCAGGUGUGAUUUUCCCUGCGAGCGCCAUGUUCCUUUUGAGUUUUUCACCAUUUCCUUUUUUUUUUCUUUUUUUUUUUUCAUGUGUGUGUGUCAUGGUGCCCGCUUGGGAACUCCUCUUGGCGAGUUUGUGUCAUGCCGCCACCUUCGAAGGAGAUUUUUGUCGUUCCAAGAUGUUCCUUUGCUGAACUGUGAGAUGUCGGUCAUAAAGCUCAGGGGUCCAGUAAAUUGAGGUGACACGUGCAAAUAGACGACAACCAAAAAAAAAAAGUAAGCUCGAAAUGUACAAAGAUUGCGAAAAGAAGCGCUGCGCUUUUCACACACGGAGCUCCGUCCCACGCUUUGCGCUCAUCUGCGUGGCAAUCGGUAGUGUACUCCACUCGGAUGUGGUGUCGGGAGGGAGAGAAAUGACACUACUUGCUCUCUCUCUCUACUGCCUCGGGUUUGCACGGAGGCGGCCUUUGGCGUGCGUUUGGAGAGUGUAGGCUUUUUCCACUUUAAACACACACAGAAAAAAAUGGCAGUAGUAUCAACUUUAUGCGCGUACUGCCAACUUCAACUUGUUUACGGACGUCACUGGGGGUUUAUUUGUUGCUACAGAAGUGUUCUUUGAAAUGAAGUGGAAGUGAUGUAUUGUUUUUUUUUUGUGCCUGUCCUAGAAGAAAGUCGUUUCUAGGAAUAAGCUGCUGCUGCUUUGUUCU